AUGAACUUCUUAUCUCUUCAUUCAAUCUUGCUAUUCGUUUCAGCCUGUCUGGCGGCAGAUGCCCAGGUUGCCUGGCGUCUUGAGCACGACACCAAGGCCUCUGCAUUGGUAGCAGUAGAUACCAACGGCACUGUCAUCGCGGAGACAUGUGGCAGUACAAUUUACGCAAAAUACCCUAUCGACUUCUCUAAUGUUGAUGGAAUCGAUGGUAGUGGAAACUUCACCGUUGGCAAUAUCACCUACAUGGUUCAUAGUAACCCUGAUUGGUCUGGGGGACCUGCUUGCUCUCGGGCUUUCAACCCACAAUACACUCUUGUCCAGUGCUCGGGAGUCAGCUGGGAUGCUGCUGAUGCCAUUGGUGACAAGCCAAGAGACUGCUUUGCUGAGAGUCCCACGAAUGGCGAACUGCAGUUCCUGGAGAACAGGACUCUGAAUGACACGAGUCAGAUGCACAAACGAGACUGGUGGGAUGACUUUAAAAACGACGUCCGGGAAGGCUUUUCGACCACAGAGAGAGAGCUUGUUGGGGAUGGAAAUCCUCGCCAGCAUUAUUUCCACCAGCAAAUAUCGGAACCCAUCCGCUGCGGCAACAGCCGGGGCUGUACCGUGGGCAAGACAGAUUCGGAGUCCUUCACUGUUGGGGCCACUUUCAACGUUGGCCAAGAUAAAUACUGGGCCUCAAUGGGCUUCGCUGUCACAAAAUCUUGGUCGACUGGCAAUACCUACAGCUGCAACGGUGGCCAGAACGAAACUGUCUGUAUUUGGUACAAUACCGCCCACACGACUUACACCGUGAAAGAAACUACACGCGCACCAGGCGAGUAUGAAAAAACGACGAGCAUCUAUGACAUUUCUUCUCCCAACAAGAACAACAAGGGCGGAGAUUACUACUGUGUGGUCGGUCACUGUAAAGCCAAGGGCGAUAGUUGGUGGGACAGGAAUGGCCGUCGUGGUGGUCCUUGA